AUGCGCUUUCGGGUGCUGCUCUGUGGCAGAAAUGGCUUGCAACUUCUCCUUGGCGACAGCGAUGGGCGUAACCGUUCACUCCCGGAGCUAUACGUUCUGCAAACAAGCUAUUCCGUGUUUCUCCCGGUUCUGAUGUUCGGGAUCCCGAUUGUCGUGGACUUCUGGGCGCAGAGCUUACCGAUGCAUCUGCUUCCCGACCACAGCUUUCUGGCGAAGGCAAAGGUCCUAGCAGGCAAGUUCAAAGCCGUCCAAGCGCUCAGCAUGGGGCUCCUGGUCGGCAUCUCCUUGAUUGGCUCGUUCUCUUUCGGUGGCGCGGAGUGGCCGUUUCAUGCUGUCGAUACCAUCGCUGUCGUGGGGGCGGCUUCAACGGUUGGGCUUACGGACCUAGUGGCACAUCAAAUUGUUGGCUGCAUCGACGACGCCCGGGCUAAGUCAUCGUCUCAGUCGGCAAAGGUUUUCUAUGACAAGACGAAGGCCGGGAUCCUUAAGCAGAUUGCGGGCUACUUCGUACUUGCCGGGGCGAACGCUUCCUCGGCAAUCACUUUUACCUACACGGCGACCGGGCGGGCGACUGCGAUCAUCCCCUUCAGCAUUUAUGUACGCGUGAGCCACACCCAAAAAUUUGCGUAG